AUGCUGUACAUAUUUCAAGUGGACACAGGUACCAUGAUGACCUUUGAAAUGAACCUGGCAUUGGAAAGUGUUGAGCAGUUAAAGGAUGUUAUUGAAAAAUCAUGCAAGAUACCAGUGGAUAAACAAGUGCUAUUAGUCAGUGGCGGAGAGUGUCUUGAUCCUAGCGUUAAGGUUUGCAGUUAUUCAGCAGGAACUGACACCAAUCCUAUUUUUUUAUUUAGUAAAUGUACAUUAGAAAAUGCCAAACCACCUUCUCCAAGUAUUGAUUAUGGAUCAGAUUCAGAUAUGAAAGAAAUGGUUGAAAAUUCAUUGGCCAUGCCGGCUGCUUAUGAUACGGUUGGCAAAAGAACACAAAUUGCUCAACAGUUUUGCGAAUUAGCUAGAGAACAUACUCAAAUAUGUGAAAGCUUGGUUCAUGAUCAACAUUUGCAGCAGCAGGGAUGGGCAGCUGCAGUUGCCAAUUUAGAAGAUUUAACUACAGCUUUUAAAAUGAAAAGUGAAAUGUUUGAACAAAAUUAUAGACAAUACCUUGAAAGUAGAGAUGAAAAUUUGGAAAUGUUACAAAAUUUUAGCAGUGAUUUACAAGUUUUAGCCAAAAUUCCCAUUCUUGAUCCCCUCAUUGGUAAUGCCUUAAGUUUUUAUUCACCUGAAGAAAAGAAAAAAUUUGAAGAAUCCGAUGAAAAAAUUAAAAUGAAAGGGACUGAAGAUUUCUUAAGCGAGGAUGAAUCUAAAAAAGUUGGUGCUAUGACUCUUCUCAUGUGGAUUGCAACGGCUGAUAAUCAAAGUAGUUUAGAACAAGUUGCAGAACAAGCACAAAAGGGCUUGGAACAAUUUGACUUAAAAGUUUUAGAAGCUUUAAUUAAAGAAGUUGAAACGACUCUGAUAACGGCGGAUAAGAGCGAAAUGAAAGAAAUCAAAGGAUUGGAGGAGAGAUUGUUCGGACUCGAGCAGCUCAUGAUAGAAACGAAAAAAAUCGUUCAAGAACAAACUGAUCUCGCGGCAGCAUUUCAACAAAAUCAAACUCGAGCUAAUUCACUUAAAGAUCCCUCCAUCUUGCCUGAUUUAUGUGAUUCUCAUCGCAAACAAUUGCUUGUCAUGUUAUAUAAUCAGCAUAAACUGCGAGAUAUUAGGAGGCGAUGUACAAAGGCAAAAGAAGAACUUAGUAUUAAUUUAUAUCACAGACUUGGAUGGGUUAUGUAUGCUGAAAAUUUAAUAUCUGAUGUUAGUAAUAAAUUAAUGAUAUAUAAUGGUAAUUUAAAACGAUUAAGAAGAUAUUUGGAAAUUACUCGUCAAGUUCAAAGGACUCCUCAAGUUUAUGUGUCUGCAGUGAGUGAGGUUGUCAGACGAAGAACUUUCUCUCAAGCUUUUUUAUCGUGGGCGAGCGAUAUGAGCUGUAGAUUAUUGGCUGUGUACAAUGAAGAAUAUGAAAAACGUAAAGAUUUUCAAUCUCAGUUCGAAGGUCACUUUCUUCAAUCUCUUUUCCCCGGUUUCGAAGAUAACCCUCCUCCUUUUGCCACUCAAGCUCCCGCACCUUUCGAUGUUUCAUUGCCGCAAUUGACUACAAAAGACAUGGAAGAUUUACGAUUGUACCUGCCUGAAUUAUCAAUGAGUCUCUCUGUAACAAAAUUAUCAAGCAUCGCUCAAAUGUUUCUCACCAAAUCAAUGUCAGAUGAAAAACCUUUGAAUAUUAAAGAAAACGAUCCGGUUUUAUUUAACAUAAAAAUUAUUUAUUUAUUUUUAAAGGAAAAUGUGAUGGAUAAGAAGGAAGAAGUGGAAACGUUAAAACUUCAUCUUAGCGAGGCUGGAAAAUUGGCUAACGAAACGGCAAUUUAUUUAAAAACGGAACUCGUUGAAAUGAAAUCGCAAUCACUGACUGAUAGGGAAAUAAUAUUAAGUUUAGUUAAAGAUAUACAAAUUCGCGUUUCCCAGUUGACUCAAAGGUAUUCCGAAGAAGUCGAAAUAAUUAAUAAAAACCUGGAAGAAGUCGUAGGUUCGAGGAAUUCCGAAAUCGAAUCGUUGAAAAAGGUUUUAGAAGAAAAAGGAAGUCUUUUAGAGGCGAGCGAAAAAAAUUUAAAUAGGUUAAAGGAUAUUUUAGAAGAUGCGGAAAAUGAUAAAAGGGAUUUGAGUAAUAAUUUAAACAUCAAACGAAUAUUAUGUGAAGAAUUGAAAGCGAAACUCGAUGAAGCCGUCAAAGAAAAGGCGGAAGCCAUUGAGUCGAUAACGGAGAAAUUAAAUAGUAAAAUAACCGAAUACGAAGAUUUAAUAAAUCACGUGAAGGAGGAAAGCUCGAGGUUGAUUAAAGAAGAAAGAGAAAAUCUCAUUAAUAAUCAUAAUAAAAAAAUCGAAGAAUUGGAAGCUUCGUUCGCGGAGAAAAAAGAAACAAGCAAACAAGGGAUCGAUGGUGAUGAAUUGCGUGAAAAAUACGUUUCGGAUUUAAAUAUUAAAAUAAGCGAAUUGAGGGCGGAAAUGGCCGAGGAAGCGGAAGAAAAGGAAAAAAAAGCCGUGAAAGAAGCGACGGAAAAAUUAACUGCAGAGUACAAAGCGGAAAUAGAAAGUCUUAGAAGUAGAUUUAAACUCAUGUCGGCGGCACACGCGGAAAAAAAUUUAACAAGCGAUUCUAGUUUAGAAAAAGUAGAAAAAAUAGACGUCGUAGGUAUAACGAGCACGGAUUCCGUUUCGGAAAAUCCGAAGGUUGGGAUCGAUUUGGAAAAUGAAAAAGCCAUACAGGAAGCGAUCGAAACGGAAAAGGAAAAUAUUAAAUUACGUUUGAUGGAAGAAUUCAAUUCGGAGAAGACGAAAUUCGAAGAGGAAAAACAAAUAUGGCUGGAAGAAGCCGUUAAUAAAGCUCUGUCGGAAAAAAAUAAUCAAAUAGACAUGUUGUUAACUCGUCAAGAUGCUUUGAUGACGGAGUGUCAGAGACAUCGAAACACGAUAAAACUAUUAACGGAUGGAGAACACAUAAGAACUGCGAGUUGUCCAGGAGCUGGAACGGUGGAUCCACUUCUUGCUAAAAUCGAUGUUUUGGAAAAGGAAAACAUGUUUUUGGCGAGUCAAUUGGAUAAGCGGAAAUUGAAAGGAGCGGGAGGGGCGGAAGGAAUAAGGCAUGUUCACGAUAUGUCUGAAUCAAUUGCUGUUUUGCCUGUUACGGACGUAACCAGUAAAGACAUUGGCACGAGUCCUGACUCCAGCGUUUAUAGCGAAUCGACAAGUUUAAGGGAGAAAAAAUCUAAAGUUCACCAAGGUAAAAUAAGCGUAACGUCGUGCAGCGUCGGAGAUGCCGUUUUAGUCAUUUGGAACGUGGAAUAUUCUAAUUACACGAUACUCCAAGAAUCGUCCACUUUGUAUUUUUUACACUCGGAUUGCUUGGAUAGUUUGGGACUUCGACCGAGUUCCGACGGGUCUCCGAGACGGAUUUAUUGCUUUGCCGAAGUUUUCGACAAGGAAUACUGUCACGCCAAAAAAUCUGAAAAUCGUUACAAAGUACCGAAGGGAACGAAAUUUUACAGGGUCAAAGUGAGGCCGGUCGUUUUAGUGAAGGAUACAACGUCUAAAAACAGUCAUCAAUCGUCGUCCGGAAGUUAUUACUUACCCCGUUCGAUGGAAAUGUCAACGUGUCAAAAACCCGUUGACAUGAGCAAAAGUUGCGUUGUUACUACGAGUCAAUUCAGUAAUUAUUUAAUAAAUAAUCCGACAAAGGUCAAAACGGAAUUCCUGGAAGGAGAAGAAGAUGAAGAAGAAGAAGAAAAGGAAAAAGAAAAAGAAGAAACGGAAUGA